UUACCCUUCUUCCCAUCUUUUCCUACUACCUACGCAAACAUGUCCACUCCAUUUGGUGUCGAUUUAGGUAACGACAACACCGUUAUUGCCUGUGCAAGAAACCGUGGUAUUGAUAUCAUCGUCAAUGAAGUCUCCAACCGUUCCACCCCUUCGUUGAUCGGGUUCGGUCCCAGAAACAGAUUCAUUGGUGAAAGCGGUAAGAACCAGCAAACCUCCAACUUGAAGAACUCCGUCGACAACUUGAAGAGAAUCCUCGGCUUGAACUUCAACGACCCCGACUUCGAGGUCGAGAAGAAGUACUUCUCCGUUCCUUUGGUUGAAAACAAGGAUGGCGGCAUUAGCGCCAAGGUCCGUUUCUUGGGUGAACAACAGGAAUUCACCUCCACCCAAUUAGCCGCUAUGUACAUCAACAAGAUCAAGGACAUCACCUUCAAGGAGACCAAGGGUAACAUCACCGACAUCUGUUUGUCUGUGCCUACCUGGUACACCGAAAAGCAGCGUCGUGCUGCCUCUGACGCCUGCAGAAUCGCUGGCUUGAACCCUGUCAGAAUCGUCAACGAAAUCACCGCUGCUGCUGUUGGUUACGGUGUCUUCAAGGCCAACGACUUGCCAGAAGACGAACCAAAGAAGGUUGCCUUUGUUGACAUCGGUCACUCUUCCUACCAAGUCUCCAUCGCUGCUGUCAAGAAGGGUGAAUUGAAGAUCUUGGGUUCCGCCUACGACAAGCACUUUGGUGGUAGAGACUUCGACUACGCCAUUGCUGAGCACUUUGCUAACGAAUUCAAGACCAAGUACAAGAUCGACGUCCACGAAAACCCUAAGGCUUUCUACAGAGUUUUGACCGCCGCUGAAAAGUUGAAGAAGGUCUUGUCUGCUAACACCCAAGCUCCUUUCAACAUUGAGUCCCUCAUGAACGAUAUCGAUGUCUCUUCCUCCUUGACCAGAGAAGAAUUGGAAGAAUACGUCCAACCAUUGUUGGAGAGAGUUCACAUUCCAAUUGAAACUGCUUUGAAGGAGGCCGGUUUGAAGGCUGAAGAAAUCGACUCCAUUGAGGUUAUUGGUGGUUGUACCAGAGUUCCAUCCUUGAAGGCCAAGUUGACCGAAAUCUUCGGAAAGCAAUUGUCCUUCACCUUGAACCAAGACGAAGCCAUUGCUAGAGGUAAUGCUUUCAUCUGUGCUACUCACUCCCCAACCGUUAGAGUCAGACCAUUCAAGUUCGAAGACUUCAACCCUUACACCGUCUCUUACUUCUGGGACAAGCAAGAAGAAGACGAAGACCACUUGGAAGUUUUCCCAAGAGGUGGUUCUUUCCCAUCUACCAAGAUCAUCACCUUGUUCAGAAAGGGUGACUUCGACGUCGAAGCUAGAUACACCAAGAAGGAAGAACUCCCAGUUGGUACUGAGCCAAUCGUUGCCAAGUGGCAAUUGAAGGGUGUUGUUCCAUCUGAAGGUGAAACUUCUAUUGCUGCCAAGUUGAAGUUGAGAAACGACCCAUCUGGUUUCUACACCAUCGAAGCCGCUUACACCGUCGAAGAAAAGUUGGUCAAGGAAUUGGUCGAACAAGAAGGUGAACAAGACGAAGAUGCUGAACCAGAAUACCGUGAGGUUAAGAAGUUGGUCAAGAAGAACGACUUGCAAAUUGUCCAAUCCACCGCUGCUUUGGAUGAAGGCGUCAGACAACAAAUGAUUGAAAAGGAAAACUCCUUGGUCAUGGAAGACAAGUUGGUUGCUGACACCGAAGAAAGAAAGAAUGCUCUUGAAGAAUACAUCUACGAAUUGAGAGGUAAGUUAGAGGAACAAUACAAGGAUUUCGCUUCUCCAGAAGAGAAGGAGAAGUUGACCGGUAUGUUGGCCAAGGCUGAAGACUGGUUAUACGAUGACGGUUACGACUCCACCAAGGCCAAGUACAUUGCUAGAUACGAAGAAUUGGCCUCUAUUGGUAACAUCAUCAGAGGUCGUUAUCUUGCCAAGGAAGAAGAAAAGAAACAAGCUUACAGACAAAAGCAAGAAGCUGCUCAAGCUAAGGCUAUGGCUGAAAAGAUGGCUGCUGCUAGAGAAGCCUCCAAGUCUGGAGACUCCAAGAAGGAGACUUCAGGUGACAACGAUGGAGAUGUCGAUAUGGAUUAGGUAUAUAGAUGCUGUAAUAUAAAUCGGAUCGAAAGUGCUGUAGAAGUGGAUAACAAUAAGGAAGGCCAAAAGAAAACCAAUGUGCUCAACUCUGGAACCAAUGAUCGGUUUAUGGUUACGAUUGGAGGACAAAUAGAGUACUUACUGGGUUUCGACCAUGGCAAUGGAUCUGAGCUUUGUUGGUAGUGCUUUUGGACCUAACCCAAAUUCACACCAUUGUAUAGAUACAGUGUAAUCACAAUGCAUGGUCAAUGAGCCCUACCCAGCGAAUCCGGGCAGUUUUGAACGGCCGGAGUCCUAGUAUUAGCGAAGCUAAUUAGUGCUAGUUUAUACUAGCAGUAAACCCCAGUAACAUCUUUCUAACCAGAAUUUC